AUGACCAAGUUUAGAGGGUGUAUUGAUAUACACGGUGGUCAAGUUAAACAGAUAGUUGGUGGGACAUUGGCUCAAGAUGAUAAUGAUAACGUAUACUUGCAACAAGAAGACGCAAGUAAAGAGACCUUGCGUGAGAAUUUUGUUCUGACAAAACCUUCAUCUUAUUAUGCCCAGAUGUACAAGCUGAACAAUUUACACGGGUGUCAUGUGAUUAAAUUGGGACUGAAUCCGGCUAAUGACGAGGCAGCAAGACUUGCCUGUCAGACGUGGCCGGGUAAUUUGCAAAUUGGAGGAGGAAUCAAUCUAGAUAAUGCUCUUGAGUGGAUAGAAGCUGGUGCUUCACAUGUCAUACUAACAAGUUGGCUAUUUUCCAAACAAGAUGGUAGUGACAAAAUGGAACUAGAUUUUGAGAAAUUGUCAACAAUCAAUAAGAAAGUAGGCAAGCACCAUUUAGUGGUGGAUUUAAGUUGCCGCACAAUUAUCGAAGAGGAUGGUACAAUAUCGUGGUACGUGGCGAUGAAUAAAUGGCAGACAAUAACUGCAGAGAAACUAAGUAAAGACUUCUUAGCAAGAGUUAGUAGCUACUGCGACGAAAUACUAAUACACGCUGCUGAUGUGGAAGGAUUGUGUAAGGGAAUAGAUCAAAAUUUGGUACAGUCCCUAGGGCACUGGUGUCCACCAGGUAUGGAAAACAAAAUUGUUUAUGCAGGAGGAGCAAAGUCUAAAGAAGAUUUGCAACUUGUUAAGAAUUUAAGUCAUGGUAAGAUUGACCUAACUUAUGGAAGUGCACUAGACAUUUUUGGAGGCAAUUUGGUUAAAUUUGAUGAUUUAGUUAAAUGGAAUAAGGAGAAUUAA